UCAAUUUCACAGCUCACUUCACACUGCUGAGUGCUGAGCCUUUUCAGUUUUCACACCCACCGGCCACCAGAAAAAAGGCAAAAUCCUCUCGUUUCAUCACCCACCGCCGGCGCCGAGACCCAUGGCCGUCAGCAACAACAUCACCGCAGUCCUCAACUUCUUAGCACUCCUCUGCUCAAUUCCCAUAAUUGCCGCCGGGACCUGGCUGGCGUCCAAGCCGGACAACGAGUGCAUCCACCUCUUCCGCUGGCCGGUGGUCCUCCUCGGCGUCCUCAUCUUGCUCGUCUCCCUCGCCGGAUUCGUCGGCGCUUACUGGAACAAGGAGGGCCUUCUGGCCUUCUACCUCUUCUGUAUGGGGCUCCUCAUCGGCCUCCUCCUCAUCCUCCUUGUCUUCGCCUUCGUCGUCAGUCAUUCCGACGGCAGCUACGUCGUCCCCGGCCGCGCCUACAAGGAGUACCGGCUGGAAGGGUUCUCGUCGUGGCUGAGGAACUACGUCACCAAUUCCGGAAACUGGAACAAGAUCAGGACUUGCCUCUCUCAGUCCGAUGUCUGCUCCAAGCUCAGCCAGAACUAUAUCACCGCCGAUCAGUUCUUCAUGGCUCACAUCUCUCCUCUUCAGUCAGGGUGUUGUAAACCUCCAACAAUCUGCAAUUAUGGGUAUGUGAACCCAACAUUGUGGAUGAACCCCACCAAUCCGAUUGCAGACUCGGACUGUUAUGCCUGGAGCAAUGACCAAAGCCAAUUGUGCUAUGGGUGCAAUUCCUGCAAGGCUGGUUUGUUGGGGAACCUGAGGAAGGAAUGGAGGAGAGCCAAUGUGAUUUUGAUAGUGGCAGUGGUGGUGCUGAUAUGGGUUUACCUCAUUGCAUGCAGUGCAUUCAAGAAUGCUCAGACAGAGGAUCUCUUCCGCAGAUACAAGCAGGGUUGGGCCUAGUAUUGUGCCCAAGCACAUCCCAUUUCUCAAGUAGGUGGUUCUGGUUUGUUUUCUUUCUUAUCUUCUUCUGUUGGAUGUGGCUUUUUCACUGGUGUACAUAUAAUAUAUUCCUGCGGAAUGUGCUAUCUAGAUUAUAUGGACAGGAAAUGAGGAUAAGGUUGUGAGAUUUGAUUACUUGUUUACCAUCUGUCAAAAUGGGAAUAAAAUUCCAGUUAGUAGCUUUCCACAAGUA